GAGAUCCUACUGGAGCCAGUCAGCCUGAGGAGACAGGUUUUUUCUCUUCCCACCUGUUAUGUGAGGGCGGGAUGUGGUACUUCCUCUUUCGUUCACUUUAACGUCGUGCGGACAGAAGGAAUCCACAAACAAACGCGCCGUCGGCAUUCAACACUCUUCAGACAUCGCAGAUAGAUUGCUGCUGGAUCCUUUUGUGGAAGUUAACAUGAGUUUUAAGCCACAUUGUUUGAAACUGAUAUUUUUAUUGGCCUGUGCCGGGCACUGUAUGUCUCAGGAAACUGAUCGAUGCUGAUGUUAUCAACCGAGGCUUCACGGGGACCGAGUCACCGGAAGGAGUGUGGGUCUCCCAGACGGCCCACAUGGUCCUGGACAGUCGUCUGACCACGGUGUUCCUCCCCAUCGUCUACAUCGUGGUGUUUGCUGUGGGGCUCCCCACCAACGCCAUGGCCAUCUGGGUCUUCCUGUUCAGGACCAAGAAGAAGCACCCUGCCGCCAUCUACAUGGCCAACCUGGCUCUGUCCGACCUGCUCUUUGUCAUCUGGACUCCCCUGAAGAUCGCCUACCACUUCAACGGUAACGACUGGAUCUAUGGUGAGGGGUUGUGUAAAGUCCUGGUGGGCUUCUUCUACGGGAACAUGUACUGCUCCAUCCUCUUCAUCACCUGUCUGAGUGUCCAGCGCUACUGGGCCAUCGUCAAACCACUCUCCCAGAAUAGGAGAAAUAACGAGGUAGCCAUCGGCGUCUCUGUCGCAGUCUGGGUGGGGGUCUGGCUGAUGACCACCCCUCUCUACCUCUAUGACCAGACGGUCACAGUGACCAACCUCAACAUCAUCACAUGCCACGACGUCACCCGACCCAGCCAGAAUAGCAUGGCCGCAGGCUACUUCCUGACCAUGGGAAUCCUGGGAUUUGUAGUUCCCACCGUGGUGUGCGUGGUGGCCUACAUUCUGAUGCUCAAGUCCCUGAGGAACUCCAUGACAGAUGCCAGCAUCACUAAGAAUCGGCGCAAGGCGGUGGUGCUAAUCAUCACGGUGUUGGUCAUGUUCCUGGUCUGUUUCACCCCCAGUAACAUCAUGCUGCUGGUGCACUACUCCCUCCUGCUGGCCGGAGGCGUGAACAACGGCUACGGCUUCUACAUCUCUACCCUGUGUCUGGCCGCCCUCAACAGCUGCCUGGAUCCAUUCAUCUACUACUUCAUCUCAGAGGAGUUCAGGCAGCAUGUGAAAAACACCCUGAGAUGCCGCAGCGAGAGGACGGUGGAGAGGAUGAGGGUCUCGUUCAACGCUCUGAAGUACUCCAAAAAGAGUAGCACCUACACUUCAGACUCUGGGAAAACGCAGAGCAGCUCCUGUUAAGGGGAGGGUGGGGGGUUUGUCAUGUGGAGAUAGUUGGCUGUACUGAUGUUUUUCAAAGAACUGGAUGGGUGAAAGGGAAUACCGGGUUGAUGUCGAUUUACCAUGUUUCUUUCACCUGACAUCUGUUGUCAUCAGUAUCAAUGGAGACGAAGCCUGAGACUACUUCAUAUAUUAUGUGCUUAUUACAUUGCCUUCUCUCAUCAUACAUUUUUUUUUGGUUUUGUGCAGAUUUUGUUGGUUUUAUGUAGAGGACAAAAUUGCUAAGUGUGAAGUGGCAUUGUUAUUAUUCUGUGUUUCUGAUCCAUUCCCCACAUUUAAAUAGUCUGAUGUCCAUUACGUUUGUUCCAGCACAGCAGCUCUCUAAAACUGUAAACGUAGUUCUCAGUGCCAUAUAGCACUGACCCUUCACUUCUGGUAAUGUGCACUGUACUUUAUUAAAUGAGCCAUACUUGACCUAAAUCAUGCAUCGAUGAUCUUUGUAGCACCUAUGCGUCCUUGUAAAUGCACAUCUGAUUGACUCAGGUGACAUGUAUAAAUUGUUUUAUUUAUUGUUCUUAUAUAAAAAAAAAUAUAGUGUAUACAUUUUUCUUUUUCUGCAUGUUGCGAUGAAGCAUGUCAUGUCUUUAUUUUUUUAUUAAAAAAUUAAAUUCUA